AUGGAAAGUCGUUUCGCAAAUAAUCCAAAAUUUCUUAAGAAACUUAAACAUCCGAAAGCAGAACCAGAACAAACUCUUUCUAUAUUUCCUGAAUUUGAAUAUAAAAAAAAAAAAAAUGUUGUGGUUGUACAGACUAGUUUUGAUAGUGACCCUUGA